AAAGAGCGAGGCGAGGCGAAGAGGCUUUAUACCGAACUGCUGCCAUCUAUAGAUCAGAUCGGUUCGGUGUACGCGCGGAGGCUAGCCGGCGAGAGCACGUCCGAACACUAUAACCUCAAGCUGACAGCCGGAUAGCUGCGACAAGACAGGCGGACAGAUGUGCAUGCCGAACAAUUUCUGAAGGCGGAGAUAAAGGAGUCAACAAAGGUCGGAAUGGUGUGGAGCAGAUGAUCUGAAAGGCUGACCGCUACUCCUGGUAAAUCUUCAACGAUGGGCUGUGUUCAUUGUAAAGAGAAGAAGUCCUCAAAGUCUCAAGGGGUCGCAGCAGAUGGCAUUCAGCAGACUGAUCGUUAUGGCCCCGAUCCUACCAACGCAAGCCAGCAGAGCCACUUCACCAACAUUCCCAACUUUAACAACUUCCAGAGCACACCGGUGCCAUCAGCCACAAGCUUCACACCCUCUAACCCAUAUCCUUCCAACACACUGCAGUCCCGAGGCGGUGGAGGAGGAGGUGGCGUAGGCAGCAUCACAAGUGGAGGAGUGACUCUUUUUGUGGCUCUUUAUGAUUAUGAUGCCCGAACUGAGGAUGAUCUGAGCUUCAGGAAGAGUGAAAAAUUCCACAUUAUCAAUAACACUGAAGGGGACUGGUGGGAAGCUCGAUCUCUUGACACUGGAAACACCGGCUACAUUCCUAGUAACUACGUUGCCCCUGUGAAUUCCAUCCAGGCAGAAGAAUGGUAUUUUGGAAAGAUGGGGAGAAAGGAUGCUGAAAGAAUGCUGCUGUGCCAAGGCAACCCAAGAGGAACAUUCCUUAUCCGAGAAAGUGAGACCACCAAAGGCGCUUACUCUCUGUCCAUCCGUGACUGGGAUGAAGCCAAAGGAGAACACGUGAAGCAUUACAAGAUCCGCAAACUGGACAGUGGUGGCUAUUACAUCACCACACGCUCACAGUUUGAAACAGUGCAGCAGCUGGUCGAGCACUACACAGAGCGUGCCGCAGGCCUGUGCUGCCGCCUCGCCGUCUCAUGCCACAAGGGGAUGCCCAAGCUAGCUGACUUGUCUGUCAAAACCAAAGACGUGUGGGAGAUCCCGCGGGAGUCACUGCAGCUCAUCAAGAAGCUGGGCAACGGGCAGUUUGGGGAAGUUUGGAUGGGCAUGUGGAACGGCACCACAAAAGUAGCGGUGAAGACGCUGAAGCCAGGCACUAUGUCACCUGAGGCCUUUCUGGAGGAGGCCCAGAUCAUGAAGAGGCUGCGACAUGACAAGCUGGUGCAGCUGUAUGCUGUUGUCUCAGAGGAGCCCAUCUAUAUUGUCACCGAAUUUAUGAGCCAAGGAAGCUUGUUGGAUUUCCUGAAGGAUGGAGAUGGACGGUAUCUUAAAUUACCUCAGCUAGUGGACAUGGCCGCUCAGAUUGCAGCAGGGAUGGCCUACAUUGAAAGGAUGAACUACAUUCACAGAGAUCUACGGGCUGCCAACAUCUUAGUGGGUGACAAUCUAGUGUGCAAAAUUGCAGACUUUGGAUUGGCUCGGCUGAUUGAAGAUAAUGAAUACACGGCACGACAAGGUGCCAAGUUUCCUAUCAAGUGGACUGCACCAGAGGCAGCACUCUACGGCAAAUUCACAAUCAAGUCGGAUGUGUGGUCCUUCGGGAUCCUCAUGACGGAACUUGUCACUAAAGGCAGAGUGCCAUAUCCAGGAAUGAACAAUCGAGAAGUCUUGGAACAAGUGGAGAGGGGCUACCGCAUGCCGGCCCCUGUAGGCUGCCCAGCUUCACUGCACGAACUCAUGUUACAGUGUUGGAAGAAGGACCCCGAGGAGCGUCACACCUUUGAGUAUCUGCAGUCUUUCUUAGAGGACUACUUCACCGCUACUGAACCUCAGUAUCAGCCUGGGGAGAACCUCUGAGUAGACCACUUGGGAAAGACAACAGCUUCACCACAAAUGAGCUUCAAGCACCAAGGACCCUGGAGUUCUUACUGCUGACACUUGCACAGACCAAGCUGCCAGCUACAGGCCUUGCAGGAUCUACUAAAACAGAUUAGUGAAACAAUGAACUUCGUCAUACUCAUUGGGGUCUUCUCUCUGGUGGUCUGUUGGGGUAACAAAAGCGAUGAUAUGUACUUUCACCCCAUAGGCUCCAAAACUGAAACUUCUUAUUGACCGUGCAAGACUUUUGCCCUCGGUUUGUGCCACAUUAGAGUGCCCCUUGUGGGAAGGAUGAAGCGAGGAAGUCUCCCUCCCCUUCCUCCUUUUUUUAGUGAUUUCCUGCACAGACACUGAAAAACUGUAGAGAGCAACCAAAAGAGUUAUUUUUCUCUUUUCCAAAUUGCACUUUUUCCAGCAGAUAUUUUCUACUUCUUAAAACCUGUUUUGUUUCUUUUCACUAACAGAGAAUUUCCCUUUAUAUUGUAUUUUAUAAGCAUUUACCUAGAGCUCUCAUUUAAUAUUACAACGGUUGUGAUGUUUAAAGUUAUUUAAGUUAUGCUUUACAAAGUGGCUUUGUUGUGGUCGACCGCCAUUGUUCAGAUUAUUCACUUACUGCAAAAACAAGAUGCCAUCUCUGGACUUUUAUUGCAAGUGCUUUUUAUUUUAUUUUAUUUUAUUUUAUUAUUAUUGCAUCAAGCUUUAUAAAACAUCCUGUAAGUGGCACUGGAAAUGUCUGAGUGUGUUACAGUUCAGUGGGCAAAAUGUGAAAUGGUGUUUUUUAACAAAACCUUGGAGACUUUGGGCUUUACCUUUUGAAACUGAAGCAGUUUCCUUUAACUCAGGUCUUAUCUGAGUUGAUUUUUUAGCAUUAAUUGUUGACCAAUUUUAUGUGGCUCUAGUUUACAGGAAAACAUCAAGUAAAACCUAGUGUUCUAGGGUCAUUUUAAUGUCUUAUAUGCCUUCUCCUUGCACCUGUCUUAUAGGCAUCUCAUAUUGUACUUGGGUAAAUAAUUCCUUUUCAUUGGUAGACUGUGGGGCAUCUGAUUAAAACACAGUAUUUGGAAAAUAUUGGUCAUCCGUGAAAAAUAUGUUUUUUAAAGGAAUUUGAACAGUUUGACAUAGGAUGGUCAGUGACUUAAAGGUCACAAACCUGAAUCUAUGGAUAGAAUGUUUUGCAUAGUUUUGUCUAAAAGAUUUAAUGAUCCUUACUUUUUUCCACACCUAAAUUGUCUCUUUUAUGCAUGAAGAGCUCUUUGGCAGCUAGGCCAGACACAACAGCAUAAAGUCGUAAUAAUUACGUUUGCUCUUUGUCACCAUCUGCUAUAACGCUUUGAGAAUAAACGUCACGGUCAGCAAGCCAGUCACCUUCAUAUAUUCCAUCUGAGGUAUUACUAAGUUUACAAUCAGAGGCAUUUCGUAAGAUUUCCUUGUUCACGCUGUAAAUAACGACUUGGUAAUUUCUUUGUUCUCAAUAUCCAGUCGCAUUUGAAGAAUUUUCUUAAUACUAACUGGGAGAACACAUAAUCUCACUAUGGAAUUCACAGCCAUUUUAAAUUUACUCACACGGUGUUGCUUCCUUCAUUAUUUCCCCCAAUAUGUGGAGGUUAGGUCAACUGGCAACUCUAAAUUGACCCAGUUUGAGUGAUCGUGGCUUGUGAGGCAAUCACAUCCUGUCCAGGGGUUGCUUCCACUUUGAGUCCAAUGCUGACACAUUUUUCAAAACUUAGUUUGUUAAAAAAAUGAAUACAGUAUGUUAUCCCUUCACAAUCUUACAAUCGAUAAUCAUUUCAUCUUAUGUACUGGUUAGUGAACUUGAUCUAGUAAUAAUAUGGCUUGUUCACACAUAAACAGAAAUUUCUCAGUUUCUGGGAAUCAUACUAGAAAAUUGGUCGGGUUGUGUGUUCAAGAAUAUCAACAGCAGCUUUCCUUUACACAUAAGCCUGACCGAGCAGUUCAACUGGUAAAAUCCUAGUGUCACCAUUUUGCUUGGACAGGGUUAAUUUGAGUAGGAAAAUCAAAUGUAUGACCUGGAAAAAAACUCAAAAAAAACUUUCAGUCCUACCUGUACCCAAUAAUGUGAAGAUAUAUUUGAGUUUAACAUAACAUAAAACAUUGUGUUGUCUCCUGCCCUUCUUUCUGAGGCUUCUAAACCCACCACUUCAUAGCUAAUUUUACAAUUAUUGAGAUAUGUUUCCUCUUAAAAGCCAUCUUGUUUAUUUUCAUCACCAGCUUCCACAUAAUUAACAUAUUGGAUAUCAAGUGACACUUUGUAAGGCCUGCAUUGAAAACUAGUGUGGCCUUACCAUUGCAGUGUCCAUCCAAUCAAAGAAAAAUGGGAGACCAUUAUAAGAAAUUCUCAUGUGGGGAUUGAAAUUUGGUUUGUUAAGUUUGACAUGAUUGUAUAGAAUGUUGGUUUCUUCAAAUAUAUUUCAAUAAAAAAUAAAGAUGUUCAUGCAUCAAUAUCAUAUGUGAUCUAAAUCCAUAACUCAUACAAUUCAGAAUAUUACGGUCAAAGUCACUUUUAUUAUCCUAAUGGGGAAUUUGUUUUCAACAGUAAAGUACAAAAAAAUAGGAUACUGUUACACAAAUUGUUAUACUCAGUAGAUGCACCCAGAGGAUUUAUACAGAAAGGGGUAAUGAGCUAAUAACAAUACACCAUAAUAAUUCUGAAUUCGGUAGAAUCCCUGCAGCUACUGGAAUUUCAUGACACUCUACUCAGGAUGAUUUUGAACUUUUGUGUGGCUCUGACCCACUAGGGAAGAAUUAAAGCCCACUGCAGAGUGUUCAUUCAUUCAUCCAUAUUACUUAGGGUCAUCAUUUGAUCAUGUAUCAGAUAGCAAUUUGCAGAAUAUUAAGACCAAUGGCUCAUGAUGCUCUAUAAAGACCACAUCGAAUGGUUUGAGACUCCAGCCCAUACAAUAUAUGAGUUUCCUAUGAAUUCUUCAAAUGUCCAUAUCCAAGCAGUGCCAUAAACACACACAAUUGUAAAUCACUGUGGUUUGCUUUUGCUAAGAGUUCUUUACCCUUGUUAAGCUCUCCUCCUUUCUCCAAGCAGCACUUUUUUUUUUUUAUUUUGUAUAUCCACUUAGUCACGUGUGUUUGCUCUAUAGGGCUUUAUAACCCAAACAUGCCAUACCACCCAGUAUAAAACAUAUUAAAUUUCUUCAAAAUGAAUAAUCACUAUUUUAGUUGUCAUAGGAGUGUCCUAUCUGUGAAUAUUUCUGACAGCAUUUUCUUUAGCCAACGAAGCCAGGAUUUACUCCUAUUUUUUUGGAAGCAAACAUUAAGAUUACAGAGACAGUGUCACGAUUUAUUGAGUUAAUAAAAACAUGGGUGUAUGUUAAUGUAUACAUUUAUUGGCUUACUUUUCAUAUAGCAUAUCAAUUAAUGUAAUAAUUGACCACACGUUCCUUUUAGCAAAUUAUCAAAUCUUCAGUUGGUCUCUUUGCAAAACAAUGAUUUGAGUUUAUCCUUAGAGUUCAUUCUCUAAUGAUUUUUUUUAUCCAUUUUGGCCAUUAUCUCAGCAGGACAAUUUAGCAACAGGACUACUCAAUUCAGUCCAUGGUGGGCCAAAGGCUGCAGGUUUUAAUUGUAAUGCAUCUCUAAAUCAGAUGACAAUUCUUUGUUUUGAUUAGACCCUUCGCUAGUCUGAUGUCUUGUUGUCCUUUUUCUGUGCUCAGAAUGUGACAACAAUAUAAAAUAUAUAUAAGCUGCCGAUAAAUACUGUGAUAGGUUUGUCCACAUGGGUGCAUUUCCUGUAUUUCUUUGCUGCUAUUCUUAUAUAAAACUGAUUGACAUUUACAUUAAACAAGUUCAGGUGUAAAGAAUAAUGAAAAUGUGCCUUCUCUUUAGGGCCAAUAGUCUUUUACAGUGAGAGGUAAAGGCCUGAUGGGAAGAGGCUUCCUCUAAUAGUGAAAUGAUAGUUCAGAAACUCAAUGAAAUACUGUGCUCUGCUUGCUGCUGAGCUGCCUCCCUGACUGCUCCUCUUUCUAAAAAGCACUACUAAGAUUAGUUUUCCUGCCUCAUUUGUGGGUUGUCCCUAUGUGUCCACCUGGAGGUAGAAAAGAGCUGUUAAUUAUGCCACUAUCCUACUGACUAUACGAUUUAGCAUAACAAGCUGAACCUGCUUAAUGCAAUUUAGGGUCAUGGGAGGCACAAUGCAGAAACCAGCUCUGGGCAGGAUGUUAAUCUAUCAUAGGCAAUCGUGACAUUUUAACACAUAAUACAAUUUUCUCAUUUCCUUAGGUUCUUUUUUGUAUUUUGGACUAAAUAACAUUAGGCUCAAAGCCCAUUUUAGCAUAGCCAUAAAGUUUUGGUAAGUGUUCUUAUAAGGCCAAACCACUGUCAGCCACAAAAUGAGACCCUUCUCCCUUUGGCUCAGGUAGCACCCCGAGCCUAAAAAAACAAAAUAUAUUUCUGGGAAUUAAAGAGCUUCGAAAGGACUCAGGUUUACUAAACACUGUCAAAAAUUGAAAUGAAAAAAAAAAAAACACUGUUGGGAACCUUAUUUAAGCCAAAAAUUAAAUAAGGAACACACCUCUGUCUUAGAUUAAGAGCUUGGCUUCAACAAAAAACUUGCAUGCACUGUGGCCCUCAUUGGAGGUAGUAGAGUAGUCCGAGUUUAGGCCCAAACACUCAUAUUUAAGGAGUUUCCUCCUGUGCUCAGAAAGGAGGUGCUGAACAAUAAGUUACACCAAUUUAUUUGUACUGCAUAUCAUAUGAUGUUUGUCCAAUUGAUUUAUUUUUACUUCUGAUGUUGUUAAACAGAGGUAUAGGAUGGAUUUUACAGAGAGCACCUUCUACUGAUAUUCAUUUCUGUCUGGCGUUGUAUUAUUUCCUAGAAUCCUCUUACAAAGUUAAUAAAGGAGUAUUGAGAUUGCCCACUCAGUCAUUGGCUUAUAUACUGGUUACUGGGUUUAGUUAAGGGUUCUUGGGUGGGGCGGUCAGCGGUCUUCUCAUUUUCUUCUGCCUCGUGUGUUUUCAUUUCUGUUCACCCCAGUGAUUGGUGCUCUCUGCUUUGGGUGAGAAAGAUUAGGUGACAUUUCAGCACUGUUUGAAAUUGUCCAUUCCUGUUUGAAAUCUUAUGCUCAUGUGGUUAUUUGAGAUCACACCUUACCUCUCUUGAAAAUGCCUUUUUUUCUAGUGUGUAAAUAAAAAUAAUGAAUACAUUGUU